CAUUUUGGUCUCUCUACGCUUACUUUCUGUCUCCUCCGUGAAAGAAAAGCCCUCUUACUCUUUCCUGCACUGCCCUGCAACCAUGAAUGACGGCGAAGACUGUGCGGCACAACCCCAGCUUCUCUGUCCUCACAGCGUUACAGAUCUCUUGCAUUCUGUUGAUGCUUUUCUCUUUGACUGCGAUGGUGUAAUUUGGAAGGGCGAUAAGCUCAUUGAUGGAGUCCCUCAGACCUUACAGAUGCUUCGUUCCAAGGGGAAGAAGCUGGUUUUUGUGACCAACAAUUCCACUAAGUCAAGAAGGCACUAUGCCAAAAAAUUUCAUUCCCUUGGAAUUUCAGUCAGCGAGGAGGAGAUAUUCUCUUCAUCAUUUGCAGCGGCUAUGUUCUUGAAAGUCCAUGACUUCCCUCGAGAAAAGAAGGUUUAUGUAAUAGGUGAGGAAGGCAUAUUGGAAGAAUUGGAGCUUGAGGGUUUUACAGGUCUUGGAGGCCCGGAAGAUGGAAAAAAGAUGGUGCAGCUGAAACCAAACUGUCUCUUUGAGCAUGAUAAGAGUGUUGGAGCUGUUGUGGUUGGAUUAGACCAGUAUAUAAAUUAUUACAAGCUACAGUAUGCAACUCUUUGCAUACGCGAGAAUCCAGGAUGCCUUUUCAUUGCUACCAACCGUGAUGCUGUGGGACAUAUGACUGAUUUACAAGAGUGGCCAGGUGCAGGAUGUAUGGUUGCUGCUGUAUGUGGAUCAACUCAAAAGGAGCCUAUUGUAGUUGGGAAACCAUCAACCUUUAUGAUGGAUUUCUUACUUAAAAAGUUUCAAAUUACGACCUCCAGAAUGUGUAUGGUGGGUGACAGAUUGGAUACAGAUAUUUUAUUUGGCCAAAAUGCUGGCUGCAGAACUCUCCUAGUUCUUUCAGGUGUGACUACUCAAUCUGGUCUUCAAGAUCCAUCAAACCACAUUCAACCAGAGUAUUAUACAAGCAAAGUGUCUGAUCUUCUUAAUUUAUUAGGACCAUGAUCCAGUCUCAAUCCUUUCAAAGUUUUCCAGAGUCCAAUUGUUGCUAAUGAAACAAUGCAACCAGAGAUUGAUAUUCUAAUUGCCUUGUUCACAUAUUUGCAUCGAUACUGUAUGCUUUAUUUUAAAUUGUUUUUGCUUUCUCUCUCUGAGACUCUUUGCAUCUAAGGCAACCCGUGAGGUUAGUCAUCAAGGUACUUUGAGAAUUGAGAUCUAGUGUCACUUUCUUGUUUAGUUGGGUCGAUUAUUCUUGUACAAACUCUCAUUGAUUGAAGGUGAAGCAGAAAAUCUCUCCAUCUUUGGCAAAGCACCUAAGUGCUUGCACUCCCUUAAUUCAACUUCCCUAUUGAACU